UUGUACGGUACCGUCAUACUCUGAACUGUUAUAAAAUUGCCACAUUGUGAAUUAAUCUCGUUUCAUUCAUUAGAACUUUACGAAGGUUUACAUAGAUUACUACAAAAGAUGGGAACCUUUCGUUAACAUCGGAGAAGUAAACCGGACUCUUUACGGCCACGGACCAAACACGGAAGCGACAUGAAACUUCUGACCUGUUUGUUGGUGGCUUGUGCGACAUGGAAGUUUAGUUCGUGAUAACAAGCCAUGUUUAGCUUGAAAGCACUACAGAAGAACAGAACGUUGAAAUAUGGAGUGCCGAUGCUCCUGCUGGUGGUCGGGGGGUCCUUUGGCUUGCGGGAGUUCACGCAGAUCCGAUACGACGCCCAGAAAAUCAAGAGAAAGUUGGAUCCUGCACUGGAGGCCAGAGUGGAUGUGCAGAAGCAGCCGCUCAUCCUGGAGCAAGAGUACCAGAAGAUGAAGGAGGCCAAUCUGGACGGGUGGAAGAACAUCCGUGGUCCUCGGCCCUGGGAGGACCCCCGGGACUACCAAGAGCGGCAGCACACCCAGCAGAACCCCAAACCAGAUGUUGGAGAACAAGAAAAGUACUGACUGAUGCGUGUUGUUGUUGUGUUUUUAUGACCGUGGUUCUGAAUGCGCCUUCAGCCUUCAUUUAUCAUGAAAGCCAUGUUGGCCUUUUUCUGUUUUGAUGUUUGCAUGACAGCUGAGGCCUGGAAAGUAGCACAGCAUCCUUCCAGCCUCUCUCACACUCACACCAUCGCUGGGAAGAAUAAGCUUUAUGCUGAUGAGGACAUGAUGGAAAUGUUUGCUAGCUUCCAUGAGCACUAAUCCUUGCAGGCUUUCAAAAAACAAUCACAUCUUUCAAAUCAUGGAAGGUCCAAUCACAGAUGACUAUGCUUCCAUGCCAAACUAACUUUUAUUGUGAUUGCUUUUCCUCUUUUUUUGCCAUUUUGCUCUUUUUUCCCCUCAACAAGCUAAAGAGUUGUUUUGUUUUUUUUUUUAAGGAUGGGCUUGGAAAAUGUAAAAUAUGAUGCCUGGAAAAUGUCAAAAAAAAAUAAUUGUUUUUGUUUUGAUAAUAUAGACAUACAUUUAUGUAAUAUUAACCUUUUGUGAAUUAUCUUUUUAUAUUGACAAUAAAUAUGUUUAUUCAAAUAAUGAUUGAAACAAAGCUAAAUGACAGGGCUGUGUUAUGAGCAAUGGGGAGUUGCGCUCAAAGACACCACGUCAUUUAAGCUGAAUUGACAUGUUAUGAGUGAAUUUUGUCAGAUUUCCGAGCAUACCUAAAUGCACCAAAUGGUACUUCCGCGUGAAGAGUUCCAAAGUGAGUGAUGAUAAUAUCCACAUGUUGUUUUUCAUUGCAUUUCUCUUCAUUUACGCCACACAUACACGCAUUACAAAGACGUUGUUGUGAUGUUCCGAGUGUCAGUGAACGCAUCUCGCGCUGAGAUGAGUUCAAGUGUUGCAAUGAAUGGUCGAGAUACGUGUUUGUUUUACAGAUGCAUGUAUGGCCUUGGAAUUGCACUGCUGUUGUGCUGUUGUGUAUACCUCUGGGGGGGGGUGUCCGUCGUCAUAACAGAAAGGCGUGGCCUGCCGUCACGCCAUGCCUUACGUCAUCAUACGUCAUUAUUGAAAUAAAUUAGUUAACGCACAAUUUUUGACAGACCUAAUAUUUACAAAUUGUUGAUUUAUGAAUGGCUAUUUAUAUUCACAUAUGUAUUAUUAUUGUGUUGUCAGAAAUAUAUAUAUAUAUAUAUAUAUAUAUAUAUAUAUAUAUAUAUAUAUAUAUA